GUUUAGUCUGCCAAUAAGCAACGCUGCGCGGCAGAGUCGGCACGUCAGUUCUCUCCAGCUCCAGCGAGCAUCAACCAUAAACCCCGCCAUCCCACCUGUCAAAGACCGAAACGUGGAAACAAUUACGCAAAUCAACUCCUGCUUCACGACAUAACUCUCAAUCACAAUGCGCGAGAGGAUCCAACAGCUCGACAACCCAGGUCGACAGGGUCACGAUGCCAUCUUUGAGGCCUCCUACCUCGACGACAUCCCCACCGCCCUGACCGAGUGGAAAGCGUCGCGGGUGCUUCUGGUCGUUAGCACCAGCCUCGACACGAAGUCCUCGGUCAUUCGCGAUCUCGAAGAGCGGCUUUCAGACUACCAGAUCUACAAGAAAGUUGGAGUGGGCAGUCACUCGCCCUACAAUGACAUCAUCGACAUCGCACAUACAGUCCAAGAUCAUGACAUCCAGGCCGUUGUCUCGAUCGGGUCCGGCUCCUACUCGGAUGCAUGCAAGAUCGCCGUGAUGUUGAGUGCUACGCUGCCGGCGGGCUUCGGGGCCGACGAGAUGGAGGCCCUGGUCGACCAAGAGCGAGGUCUGGCUGGACCAGAGACGGUCAAGGCUCCCGUGACCAAAUUAAUAUGUGUGCCCACAAGCCUCAGUGCCGGCGAGUGGAACGCUAUCGCGAGCGGUACCAAUGCGCAAGGGAAGAAGCAACACUUUGGGCACCCAGAGGGGGCUCCGUCGUUGAUCCUGAUGGACCCCCAGGUCGCACGAACCACCCCGUCGCACUUGUGGCUGGCAUCGGGGAUGCGCGCGGUCGAUCAUUUUGUGGAGAGUUUAUGUAGCGCCGAGUGCGACGAGGAGGCAGCGACGCAUAUUCAGAAAGGGCUGCCGCUCCUGCUGCGAGGGUUGAAGGAGUAUCAUGACGGCCAGGAGGGUGGCAAUGAGGACGAACUGCUGAAAGGAAUUGCAGAGAGUCAGCGCGGGUCUAGAGAUGCUCUGAUUCCCUUCCUCAAGUGGAAGAUUCCCAUGGGGGCAAGCCAUGCUAUUGGCCAUCAGCUUGGAAGCGUGGCAGGUGUCCAACAUGGUGUCACAAGCUGCAUUCUGCUACCCCCCACAUUGAGAUACACGCGUGAUAAGACCAAGGCGGCCCAGGAAAUAGUCCUGAGUAUCUUCAACGAGGUGCUUGGAACUCAAGAGCGAGAGGCUGCUGACGCAGUUCGUCGCUUCGUCCAGCUCUUGGGGCUGCCAUCGCGGCUCUCGGAGGUUGACGUCACGCAGGACGAGCAGCUGCACAAGAUCGCAGAGCUGACGCUGACGGACGCCUUGGCGCACAACAAGGCGCUGCCGGAUAAGGAGGGUAUCCUUCAGAUACUGGACAUGGCCAGAUGAGAGUCAGUUGAGGGAGGAAAGAAGGAGAGACGGGAUGGCGCGACUUUUCGCCAAUCCGCUGUUGACGCGUCGCAGGUCCCAACCGGGUUAGACUGUCAGCCAUCAUGACCCUUAGCCAUGACGUCACGGGCGUGGCUGCGAUCGCCCACGCUUGGAGAUUCAGGAUAUAACAACCUUACUCUUCAUAGAUUUGAUGACAAUCCCUCGUGCUAGAUUCUGUCUUCUUCAACACCACUAAGCAUUUCUGAAGCAUCUUUACAAGACAUACAAAGCAACCUUUCCCCCUAUACUCCACUUCGCUAUCAAUACAUCCUCCUUGCCGCGUAUCCGAACCAGAUCUCCACCAAACCAUAAACUUUCCAUAACCGCCACACCCAGACCAGAAGAUGCCUUCCUCCCAAGAUUCCG